AUGGCAGAGAACGAGCUUCAAGACACACUUCUGGGCAAGAAAAUUUACUAUGAGAACUGCCCUGGGUGUAAGGUUGAUCAGUAUAAAGAAAUGCAGCGUGGUUUGCCUAUCAAGGAACUCGUAACUAUAUGGAUUGUGGUGCUCUGCACAGCACUGCCAAUAUCAUCUCUCUUCCCAUUCCUUUAUUUCAUGAUAAGGGAUUUUCAAAUUGCAAAGAGAGAAGAAGAUAUUGGUUUCUAUGCUGGUUUUGUAGGAUCCUCAUUUAUGCUUGGAAGAGCUCUGACAUCUGUCUUUUGGGGAAUAAUGGCUGAUCGAUAUGGUCGAAAACCUAUAAUAAUUAUUGGCACUUCCACAGUGGUUGUUUUCAACACUCUCUUUGGUCUUAGUGUAAACUAUUGGAUGGCCAUCUCUACAAGGUUUCUUCUUGGAAGUCUGAAUGGUUUACUAGGGCCAAUAAAGAUAAGGGAUUUUCAAAUUGCAAAGAGAGAAGAAGAUAUUGGUUUCUAUGCUGGUUUUGUAGGAUCCUCAUUUAUGCUUGGAAGAGCUCUGACAUCUGUCUUUUGGGGAAUAAUGGCUGAUCGAUAUGGUCGAAAACCUAUAAUAAUUAUUGGCACUUCCACAGUGGUUGUUUUCAACACUCUCUUUGGUCUUAGUGUAAACUAUUGGAUGGCCAUCUCUACAAGGUUUCUUCUUGGAAGUCUGAAUGGUUUACUAGGGCCAAUAAAGGCAUAUGCAACUGAAAUUUUCCGUGAAGAGUAUCAAGCUUUAGGACUGUCAGCUGUUAGUACAGCAUGGGGCAUAGGACUAAUUAUAGGUCCAGCUCUAGGAGGCUUCCUUGCCCAGGCUGCUUUGGGAUUUUGGUGGAAGGCAAUUGAGCCAGGUGAGGAGAGAGAGGUUAUUGAAGAAUAG